AUGGAUAUCAAUGUUGAGAAUGUGGAACAAUGUGGUGAAUAUCUGACAAUUGAAGAAGAAGGGGUGGCUGAAGUUAUGAAAGAUGGAAAAGUGUUAUGGGAUGACUCACUUACUGAAAAAUUCUGUAAUAUUAUGGAGGAACAAGUUAGGGCUGGCAAUCGUACUAACACAACAUUUAAUCCAAAAGGUUGGACUACUAUGGUAAAAGAAAUGAAGGUUCAAACAGGGAUAAAAUUUGACAAAACCCAACUUCGGAAUAAGUUUAACCAAUUGAGGACAAUUUAUAUCGAGUUUAAGAAAUUGUUAUCGGAGACUGGCGUGGGAUAUAACCAUGAGACGGGCAUGGUUAUAGUUGAGGAAGAGAGAUGGGGCAGGUUGAGCAAGGUUAUUAAGGGUACAAAUAAGUUUCGUAGACAUGGAUAUAAGCAUUUUGACAAGAUGUCGACUAUAUUUGGGGACACAUAUGAAGAGGGUUGUCAUGUCAGUCCCCCACCUUUACGUAAAAGUAAGAAAGCCAAAAGAGAUAGUUUAUCUCCUAGUAUGGCUGCACUCUUGUCAGGCAUGGAUGAGAAUUCUGCGAGGAGAACUGAGAGAAUGGAAGCUGCAAUAGAGAAAGCAAUUAAAGCAUCUUCUACUUCUACUCGUGUAUCUUCAUGUGAGAAAGGAGAUGAUGAAGUUCUCUCUCCCUCUAAAAAGGAUAAAGAUGAUGAAAUGUUUGAAGCCUGCAUGCUCCUUUUACAAAAAAUACCUGGAAUUGAGAUGGCCCAAUUUGCUAAGGUAUCGAAGUUGUUACAUGAUUCUGAGAAGUGGCAGAAAUUUUUUCUCAGUUCUCCUGAGGAGAUAAGAAUUGGUUGGGCAUUAAAUGUUUGA